AUGAAGUUCACCAGCGCACUCGGUCUCUCCCUGGCCGUGGGGUCCGUGUCUGCACACUACACCUUCCCCGCCCUUACAGGAACCUCCGACUGGCAAUAUGUCCGGCAGACGCUUAACUACCAGUCCAACGGGCCCGUCACCGACGUAACCUCCCAGCAGAUCCGAUGCUACACCAACGGAGUCCGCGGCGUGCAGACGCAAACCGUCUCUGCAGGCUCCACUGUCGGCUUCAAAGUGAGCCCGAACAUAUUCCACGAAGGACCCCUGUUGUUCUACAUGGCAAAGGCACCUAGCGGGCAGGACAUCAGCACGUGGGAUGGCAGCGGCAAUGUGUGGUUCAAGCUUUAUGAAGAGAAGCCUACGAUCCAGGGCAACCAGUUGAAGUGGUCGAGUCUGAACAAGGGUACCGUCUCCGUCACCAUUCCCCGCAGCACCCCUUCGGGAGACUACCUCCUCCGAGUCGAGCACAUCGCCCUGCACCAGGCCAGCCAGACCAACGGCGCACAGUUCUACCUCUCCUGCGCCCAGAUCCGCGUCACCAACGGUGGCAACGGAAACCCGGGCCCGUUGGUGUCGUUCCCUGGCGCGUACAAGGCCACCGACCCUGGAAUCAAGAUCAACGUCUAUGGCGGCGUAACGCAGUAUAUUCCUCCCGGUCCCGCUGUGUGGAGCGGUUAG